CGAAGGCGGUGCUUGCUUUUCCCUCUCUCACUCCCGUAGAUCACAAGUAUCACAGGCGGGCUUUCGUCGCAGAUUUUAAACUAUACUUCUUUUAAAAAGAGAAGCGUUAGCGCCAUUGCGGUUCAUAUAUAUAAAUCUAAUAAUCUAAUCUAAUAAUAAGCCGAUUUAAAGUGACACGAGGGCCUGCUUCCCCUCAGACACAGAGGCCAUCAUGAAACUGACGGACAAUGUGCUGCGGAGCUUCAGGGUUGCUAAAGUGUUUCGGGAAAACUCAGACAAAAUUAAUUGUUUCGAUUUCAGUUCAAACGGCGAAACUAUUAUUUCUAGCAGCGACGACGACUCCUUAGUUUUGUACGACUGCCAAGAGGGGAAACCCAAGAGGACCCUCUACAGUAAAAAGUAUGGAGUGGAUCUGAUCAGGUACACACAUGCUGCAAACACUGUGGUCUACAGUUCCAACAAAAUCGAUGAUACUAUCCGGUACCUGUCCCUGCAUGACAACAAAUACAUCCGCUACUUUCCUGGACACAACAAAAGAGUGACGUCUCUCUCCAUGUCUCCUGUGGACGACACAUUUAUUUCCGGCUCGUUAGAUAAAACAAUCAGACUAUGGGAUUUGCGGUCGCCUAACUGCCAGGGUUUGAUGCACCUGCAGGGGAAGCCGGUGUGCUCCUUUGAUCCAGAGGGUCUCAUUUUUGCUGCAGGAAUAAAUUCAGAAAUGGUUAAACUUUAUGAUCUGCGGUCGUUUGACAAGGGUCCUUUUGCAACCUUCAAGCUUCAGUAUGACCGGACAUGUGAGUGGACGGGACUCAAGUUUAGCAACGAUGGAAAACUCAUUCUUCUUUCUACUAACGGCGGAGCCCUUCGCGUCCUCGAUGCUUUUAAGGGAGCAGUGCUACAUUCUUUUGGGGGCUACAACAACAGUAAAGCUGUAACGCUGGAGGCAUCUUUCACUCCAGAUUCUCAGUUUGUUAUGAUCGGCUCUGAGGACGGAAAGAUCCACGUGUGGAAUGCAGAGAGCGGUAUGAAAGUGGCUUUAUUAGACGGGAAGCACACAGGACCCAUCACCUGCCUGCAGUUCAACCCCAAGUUCAUGACGUUUGCAAGUGCCUGCUCAAACAUGGCGUUCUGGCUCCCGACCAUCGACGACUGAUGACGACAAAGUGGAGGUCAAAGUUCAAAGUGAGCAGCAGGUGUCGGCGCAGCCAGCUCGGUGGACAUUUCAUGGGAAAUGUGGCCUGUUGAUAUCAAAUUGUAAAUAAGUAGUUUGCAGAAAUAGAUCAUUUGUCUAUUGUUUUUUUAUAUUUCUAUUUAACAUUAAAAUGUUUCUUUGUAAGAUGAUUUUGUCAGUUUAUUAAUGUUUUGGUGUCUGUACCUCAUGGAGAGAUCCAGUUUUGCCACAAAUAUUUAUCUAGUUUAAACACUUUGUUUUUUUUUAUAAAUCAAUCCAUCCAAACCUACUGAAAUAUAUAUUUUAUUUUUGUCUUUAUUUACUUUGGUAUUGUUUUUAAAAUGGCUACAAACUCAAGAUGAUGUAAUGAACAUUAAACAGCAUGUUUGCUAUAUUGAUCACAA